AGGCGGUGGAGGCGGUGGAGGCGGUGGUGCCGAGGGGGAGGGGCCACCGGCGCUGACCCCUGCCGAGGAGGCAGGGCUCAUGGCCAUGAGUGUGGACGAGGCCCGAGCGAGGCGUUCUGAGCUACGUAGGUCACGGAUAAUUCAGUCGGCGCUUGAGUCCCUGGCACGGAGGGAACGACGGGUCAAGAGCAAACGCUAUCGCCGAGUUCGCAAGAAGAUUCGUCAGAAGGUGGAGCUGAAGCGCUUUGAGCAACUCCAGGAAGCCGAUCCGGAGAAAGCGCUUGAGGAGAUCACGAAGAUUGAGAAGAUCCGUCUGGAGGAGAGGAUGACCCUGAGACACAAGAAUACCGGGAAGUGGGCCAGGUCAAAGCUCGUCAUUGGCAAGUACAACCUGGAGGCCCGUGCCCAGCUGGCCGAGCAGCUCCAGAAGAGUCGUGAGCUCACGGAGAGGACGGCUCCCUCGGCCUUCCAAUCGGACCCCGAAUCGUCCGUCGAUGAUUCCGGAUCCGAGACGCCGGCAGGUCUCGGACAUCUACGCGGCGACGAAGAGGGGGAGGAGGUGGAGGAGGAGGGCGAGGAGGAGGCGGGGGAGGGGGGCGAGGCGGCGGGGGGGAGGAGGAGGAGGAGGAGGAGGCCUGGAGCUCGCUCAAACCCGUGGAUGAGCGGGAGGCUGUCCCGGGCGGACGACGUUCCCGAGGGGGACGUCGUCGCCGCCGCGUUGGGCCGGCCAGAACACGGCGGUGAAGCAGGCGGGGGUGGAACAGCAGCGGGUGGAGAUGGAGCAGCAGGUGGAGCAGCAGGUGGAGAUGGAGCAGCGGGUGGAGCAGCAGGUGGAGCAACAGGUGGAGCAGCAGGUGGAGCAACAGGAGGAUCAACAGGUGGAGCAGCAGCAGGUGGACGGGUGGAGCAGUGGGUGACGCAUUGGGUGGAGCAGCAGGUGGGGCAGCAGGUGGAGCAACAGGUGGAGCAGCAGGUGGAGCAACAGGUGGAGCAGCAGGUGGAGCAGCGGGUGGAGCAGCGGGUGGAGCAGCAGGUGGAGCAGCAGGUGGAGCAACAGGUGGAGCAGCGGGUGGAGCAACAGGUGGAGCAGCGGGUGGAGCAGCGGGUGGAGCAGCAGGUGGAGCAACAGGUGGAGCAGCGGGUGGAGCAGCGGGUGGAGCAGCGGGUGACGAGGAUGACAGCGACGUGA